GUUUGUGUCCAGAGUGGAGGAAGUGCUGAAUGACUGGAAGCUGAUCGGGAGCUCUGCAGGAAAGUUGUCCCCUGAGAAGGGAGAAUACACCAGUGGCACCUGGGGGGAGAAGUGUCAGGAUAUCAACUUUGCUGACUUCAAAUUCUACAUAACUCACCACUUCCUGAAACAAGAAUGUGAGAAGGAUGACGGAAGGGACAAGGUUGAGGAAGAUGCCUUCCCCUUGGCAAUGCAGGACCUUCUGUGCAUGAACAAUGACUUCCCUCCUCGAGCCCACUGCCUGGUCAGAUGGUACGGCAUACGAGAGUUUGUGGUCAUCAGCCCUGGAACCAACUGCGAAGCUAUCAUCAGCGAGUCCAAAUGCAAUCUGCUUCUCAGCUCCAUCUCCAUUUCACUGGCCAACAGUGGCUGACUUUGACACACUCCUUGGAGGUGAGGUGGGAGGGGUGGAGUUUGGGAAGAUACCAUUUGGAGCCUGUGAGGAGCCAAUCAGUGAGCUUCAUCUUGCAACCACUUGGCCUCACCUGACAGAAGGCAUAGUUGUGGAUAAUGACGUCUACAGUGACCUUGACCCUCUCCAAGCUCCUCACUGGUCAGUCCGAGUGCGGACAGCUGAAAACCCUCAGUGUUUACUGGGUGACUUUCUGUCAGAGUUCUUUAAGCUCUGCUGUAGGAAGGAGUCUACAGAAGAGGUUUUGGGAAGAGGAUUGGCUGAAGAUGAGGGCAAAGAAAAUAGUGACAUCAGCUCGGCUUUAAAUAAACUGACAGAGCCGGUGGCACCAGUGCCGAUCUCCAAACUCUCCGUCUCCAAUAUGGUGCACAGCGCCCGGAAACACAUCCGACGCCACCGACGCAUUGAUGAGUCACCACUCAACACCGAUAUACUCAACUCUGUCCUUCUGUACGUCUUUCCAGAUGCUGCUGUGGAGAAGUCACCAGAGAAUAGCAAGAAUAAACCUGUACAGUCUAACGCCUGUGGGAAAGCCGAGCAGGAUAAAAACUCAGACUAUAACCUUUUUCUCCAGCUGAAGUCAGCACCCAUUGACAGUCUGACCUACCGGCUGGCGCUGUGUGUGUGUCUGGUCAACUACAACCACGGUGGGCUGCGAGCCGUCGCCCACCUCUGGCAGGAGUUUGUCCUAGAGUUGCGCUACCGCUGGGAAAACAACUACCUCAUCUACGGACUGGCUGGUGGACCUCCUGAUCUUCGCUGUUGCCUUUUGCAUCAGAAGCUCCAGAUGCUGAACUGCUGCAUUGAGAGGAAGAGGGCCAGAGACGAAGCUCGCAAGGUGCUGGAAGGAAGCAAAGAAAGAGAGCGCAAGGUGUCCGGCGGUGGUCAGAACGGCCGGCCCACAUCGGAGUCUACGACCGCAUCCGCAUCAACGAAGGAGGUGUCUCCAGGGAAAUCCUGGGACUCGUGGAGCGACAGCGAGGAUGAGUUCUUUGAGUGCCUCAGUGACCAGGGGGAGAUAGAGGCUCCACACACUGAGGGAGAAAAGGACGGCAGUAAAAGUAAAGCAGAGGGCAGACUGCACCCUUACAACAACUUGACUCUACUCAACUCUACAGAGCCUCUCUACAUUCCUGUCACACAGGAACCUGCUCCAAUGACUGAGGAUCUGUUAGAGGAGCAGUCAGAAGUACUGGCCAAACUGGGCACAUCAGCUGAAGGUACCCACCUCCGUGCCCGGAUGCAGAGUGCCUGUCUGCUCUCUGACAUGGAGUCCUUUAAGGCAGCCAAUCCAGGCUGUGUUCUGGAGGACUUUGUGCGCUGGUACUCACCCAGGGAUUAUGUGGAGGAGGAGGUGGUUGAUGACAAGGGUAACACAGUGGUGAAAGGUGAGCUUAGUGCCAGGAUGAAGAUCCCAGGCAACAUGUGGGUGGAAGCUUGGGAGACGGCCAGGGUCACACCUGCACGCCGCCAGAGAAGACUUUUUGACGACACUAAGGAGGCCGAAAAGGUUCUGCACUAUUUGGCACUGCAGAAACCUGCAGACUUGACCCGACAUAUGCUGCCCUGCAUUCUCCAUGCUGCUAUUCUGAAGUUGAAGGAGGAAGAGGCAGUAGAAGACAUUCCAUCAGUCAGAAAAACCAUCCAACAAGCUACGAGUCAAGCCAGCAAGUUGCUGCAUACCCCCAACUAUGACUACAAGAAGUUAGAGGAUUUCAUUAACCAGUUGAUGGCCAUGGAGACGGUCAUCACCCGAGCUCGCUCACUAAAGGCCAAGUUCGCCAUGUGUGAGGGUGAGAAGGGGGAGGACCCAGAUGAACUAGAGACGUUUGUGAGCUCCCUGCUGGAGGAACCAGAGGUGGUGGUGGUCGGAGCUGGCCAGGGGCCGGCUGGCAGCAUCAUCCACCGUCUGUUUGUCAAUGCUCAGAGGGCCGCCCUCCUGGCACCACUGGAAGAAGACUCUGGCCGCGACAGGAAGCAGACUGCAGGAAGCAACAAAGUGCCUGAUUUUCCUCCUCCGGCAGGCCGGGAGAUUCUGGUGCGGACGUGUGUCCCUCGGCCUGCGCCGUACUCCAAAGCUCUGCCGCAGCGGCUCUUCUGCGUGCUGAUGAGGGAGGAGUUUAGGCUGGCAGGGGCCUUCUCUUCAGACACUUCCUUCUUCUGAGACCAAAUGCCUAUUACACAGCAUUUCAUCUGAAACCAUGUCCCAUUUGCCACUGAUGAUUUACACACUGAGGCCAGAGCUGGAAGAGCAAUGAAGGACACAGGGUGGCACGUUAAAAUGAUUCAGUCUAUUUGUUGGUCCUCUGUUGGUUAAAGAGUAACUAAACCCCUAAACCACUUUUUCUGCUGAAAACUAACGUAUAUGGGUAUUUAGUAGCAUUGAUGAUCAAUUCAAGUCCAAAUCCAGUAUUUGAAUUCUACAUUUGGUGCUAUAAAUAUGUGUAGUGACCGCCCUCUACUGGUUGAAACACGGCUAUUGUAAUUGAAUUUCACUAUUGGCUGAUCUUGAGGCAGGUGUCAUAUGUGGAGGCAGCUUUCGUCACAAACCCGCCUGCUCCUAUAAAACCUCUCCCGACUCUGCAGACUGUGGCCUGCUAUGCAGCUGUAGCCUGACACUCCCCCUACAAGAGAGAGUUAGCCUCUUUGAGCUCUUUGGCAUCGUUUGCCAAGCUAGCGGUUGGCUAACGAUUACAGCACAGAAACUUAUACAAACUAUUGUGAAUGUGCUUCUAGUGACUGUCAGUGCUGUUUCCAGCACAGACAUGGACAGUGUGGCAGUAGCUGCUCAUGGCUGGUUAGCUUGGUUAGCUCUGAGCUGCGAGUUUAUGCUGCAUUCACAUGGAUCAGCUAGAGUACGUGUGUCAUUCUGGUCGCUGUUACCUCCUGUGUUACACACCCCAUAGCCACAAGGCCAUGCCACAUAUUUUGUUCUCUUUUUUUAAAAGUGCUAGGAGGGAGGGAGCUAGCAAAGGGGUUUAGUUACACUUUAAUGAGUCUGUUUGUGGGCACAAAUGCUCGUUCAAAAGUAGUGAAUGUUUUCUAUUCAGACAUAUGACAUAUCUGUGUUAGCUACAUAUCUCUGGCCUACAGACUAAUGAGUCCCGAAUACCAUUUUUUGGACUUCAAAGAUCUAUGUUAAUCUGCUCACCUUGCUUUUCCCUUAAGUUCUCCACCCCCCCAUACACAGACAACGCCUUUCUCUCUCUCUCUCUGCGCACACACUGCCUUUUUCUGUCUCUCUCUCACUGUCUUUCUCAGCAGUUUCAGCAUUAUGUUUUAUAAAGUCACCCAAAAAACAACGCAUGUUUCAGAUUUUCCACCCAGCAGGUGACCUACGUGUGGGGGAAGCUCGUUGUUAAUGACGGAGAGAUCGAAAUGUUAGAAACCAACAUGGGACAGAACGCUCUACCAGGGCUGUGCUUGUAAAAUAGGCUAUCCCCCAUGUCUGCGUCUUCUAAUGAACAACCAGAUAACAUCUCUUUCUCUCUGUUUCUCUUCAAAAUGCUAAACUGGGUUGCCAGCUAUUAAAGCUGCAGCAGGUAACUUUUGUCUUAUUUGAAACUUUCAUCAUCCUGACAGUAGUGCACAAGACAGAUAAUCUGUGAAAAAAUCUGGUUCCUCUGGCUCCUCCUAGUGCUUUGGGUUUCAACCCUUCAAGCCACCAACCCAAAGUGUCGGUAUUUGACGACCUGGGAUUGACUACGUUCUUGACCUUGAGUGGUUGUUUUCAUUCAGGCCCGGUGGAUUCUUGGAAACGGCACUAGGAGGAACCUGAUUGUUUCACAGAUUAUCUAUGUUCUACUGCCAGGAUAUAGUGAAAGAUUCAGUAAAUAUGACAAAGUUACUGCAGCUUUAAUAUACAUGGGAGGUGGUGCCCAAGUAACAUCUAUGUGGGAAACACUGCGGGAUCAGGCUUUGAAAAAAAACAACAAAGUAAACCAAUACUGAUGUGGGCAUCGAUUACCAUGGCAACAGCUGAAGCACCGAAGCAUUUGAGUCAGCCCCACUAAUGAGCAUUGCUAUCUGUAAAAACAAGACCUAUUUUAUUUCACCUAAUUUGGUUCUUACUGCAUUGUGGUUAUUUCAAAAAAAGAAGAGAAAAGGGUAAAUAUUCUCAUCCACUCAGGUUGUGCACACAGAUUUCAUGUACUAGUACAGAAUUUACAAUUUCACUGUACACAAUAGCAAAUAUCAACUGCAAUUGUAUUAGCAUUUUAUAUUCAUUCAGUUGUCUGAUAAAAUGUGUUAAUGAAAUAGAACUAAUUUCCUCAGUCAGUCUGGUGAUUAGAACAUUGGUGUGCUAUAAAAAUAUCUCACAAAAACCCUUCAUUUUACAUUCAGAGCUUCAUUUCUCUAAUUAUAAUAUAUUCUGUAUAAUCAUUUUCUUGUUCUGGUGUCCUUUAUGUAAGUUUAACUGUAACCUGUUUAUUACUGACCACAUGCCAAGUGAUAGCAUAACAUGAAACACUAUCCCUGUGUGGUGGUGAACAGUAAGGGUUAACUGAUCCUGCUCGGUGUGCUGAGGGCAUUUCUUCGCUAGUUUAUAGGCUUAAGCAGUUGCUACUUUAUGAAACCAGAAUCUUUUGCACACGAACGCUUGUUGAUAACAUAAGUGCAAUCACACAUCAGUAGAUCCUAGUACUAAUGCUGGAAAAAUAUAGCUUUACUUAUUGCAGCAGAAGCCAAUGUGCUCACUCAUUAGUGUGCAUUAAUUAUAAGGAAAAAUGGUUGUAUUAUCACAAUGGCAAAUGCUUUGUAGGUGUUACAUUGAUGUAACAAGUGAUGUGUGUAUACAGUACCUGUAAAAUGUUGGACCAAAAUGUCCUCUAAUCUAAAAAUAAACUGUUCUCCUGUCUCUA